UUCAUAUGUGUUCACAUAAACAAUAUUUGGACAUAUGCUUCAUAUAUGUAAAACCCAAAUAUAAACUUGCAUGUCUUAACUUUCCAUUUUCCAAAAAAAUGGUUCAGAGAUACUUUACAAAUGGCUCUUGAAAAGUAAACCGAGUCUCAGAAUCCAGUCAUAAAAUCGUCAUUUGGCAUAUAGUCUUGAAAUACUCGUUUUCAAGGCUACUGCUUUAAACUAUGACAGCAAUAUAUAUAGCCUAAGUACACAGAUGAUGUAUUGUAGAUUUUAUGUAGCAGAUCUGAGCUCAUUUGUACUUUACUGGCCCAGUGCGCAAGCCAUUAGCUGUGAAAGUAAUUCAAACAUAAGUCACACCUCUGGUCAUUCUGAUCUGAAAGGUUUACAGUAGUGUCAAAACGGUAAUAAAAUCACUUAAGCAUAAUACAUUUAACUCUCGAUCCAUUUUUUUUAAAGUCCUCUGCAACAAAAAAGUUGGGGUUAAUGCAUGAAAUAAUAGGAGUAUUGAUUAUAAACUGCAUACAUUUCUUUCUUUAUCAGCUGAUAUUCAAUAUAUUUCAGCCAUUGAUAAAUAUUUCAUUAUGCACACUCAUUUCCUGUCUCCCUCUCAAACCAAGAAGCUUUCCGUUUAGUAAAUCAGGCCCUAAUAUUGUGCAGACAUGAUCUGAACAUAACUUUGUUCUGUAUUUACUUGGUUUCUUUGACUAGGCAUGGUUUUAGGUGUAACCUCACUUAGCCACAGGAUUAUGUUUCUAAGCCCUUUAGAGGAAUAAUCUGGUCACAUGAAGCCUGUGAUUGGUCAACUUUGACCCAAUGACUUGCCUCACUGUCUUGUGAACAUAGCUAGUGAGUGCUAAUCUGUUGGACUGUCUCUUUUCCUUGAGAACAAACUGGAUGUGCAUGUACUUCUGAAAUCAGACAACAAUAGCUAUGGCUUUUCAGUUUUCGUCGUCGUCUUCUUUUUGAAGUAAAGAUGUACGCCUGAGAUAUUAAAUCUUUGGAAUACAGACUCUUUCAGACAAAGGGCAGCGGCCUGUAGUUCCAGUCAUCCCAGGCCUACGGACAACAGUAAACCGAAGCAAAGCACAACAGGACACUGAGCUCAUCCCAUAUUGCGUCACUGGCCAUCUGUGUUUGAGAGUGAGGCGGGCCUGGUUUGUGAGCGUCGCUCCACAGAGCCGUCCCAUGACUGUCUGACUCAUCACAACCCGCGAAUGACAGGCGUGCAUUCGAGGGUGGGGCCCGCCUCAGUCUCACAUGAUUGGCUGCUGGAUGGAAAUAAGGUGAAUGGAACACAUGCCCAAGGAGCAGGACCCAAAUCAAUCAGAGGGAGAAGAGAAACGGUGGCUCGAUGGCCCGAAAAGGAAGAGAAAGAACAGCCAGUGUUCGGUGAAGAGCAUGUCAGUUUCAAGUACUUCCAACCCAAUCUCACAAGGGUACAUCCCCAGCUAUCUGGAGAAGGAUGAGCCGUGUGUGGUGUGUGGAGACAAAGCUACCGGAUAUCACUACCGGUGCAUAACCUGCGAGGGCUGUAAGGGAUUUUUCAGGCGCACCAUCCAGAAAAACCUUCAUCCCUCUUAUUCCUGUAAAUACGAUGGCUGCUGCAUUAUUGACAAGAUCACCCGCAACCAGUGCCAGCUGUGCCGCUUCAAGAAAUGCAUUGCCGUGGGAAUGGCCAUGGAUUUGGUACUGGACGACAGCAAGCGGGUCGCGAAGCGGCGCUUAAUUGAGGAGAACCGUGAGAAGCGGAAGAAGGAGGAGAUGGUGAAGACUCUGCAGAAUCGGCCAGAACCCACUAGCUCAGAGUGGGAGCUGAUCCGUGUCGUAACAGAAGCGCAUCGCCACACCAAUGCACAGGGCUCGCACUGGAAACAGAAGCGCAAGUUCCUGCCAGAGGAUAUUGGACAGUCUCCGGUGGCCCCCACAUCAGAUGGGGACAAAGUGGAUUUGGAGGCCUUCAGUGAGUUCACCAAGAUCAUCACCCCAGCCAUCACACGCGUCGUCGACUUUGCCAAAAAACUGCCCAUGUUUUCAGAGCUGCCUUGUGAGGAUCAGAUCAUCUUGCUGAAGGGCUGCUGUAUGGAGAUCAUGUCUCUGCGUGCUGCAGUUCGCUAUGACCCAGAAAGCGAGACCUUGACCCUGAGCGGAGAGAUGGCUGUCAAACGAGAGCAGCUCAAGAAUGGAGGGCUGGGCGUUGUGUCUGAUGCCAUCUUCGACUUGGGCAAGAGUCUGGCGCAGUUCAACCUGGAUGACACAGAAGUGGCGCUGCUGCAAGCUGUACUGCUCAUGAGCUCAGAUCGUACAGGUCUGACGUGUGUGGAGAAGAUCGAGAAGUGCCAGGAGAUGUACCUCUUAGCAUUCGAACACUACAUCAACUAUCGCAAGCACAACAUUCCUCAUUUCUGGCCCAAGCUGCUGAUGAAGGUGACGGACCUGCGGAUGAUCGGAGCCUGCCACGCCAGUCGCUUCCUGCACAUGAAGGUGGAAUGCCCCACUGAACUCUUUCCCCCACUUUUCCUGGAGGUCUUCGAGGAUCAGGACGUGUGACGUCCCGGCGAACUGCGGCAAGAGAAUCAGGAACGUUUCGUAACCGUGUUCCACAAGUCGUGUCACCCCCUUCCACGCACCAAACUCACCAGCAGCAAUUGCAUUGGCAGGGGUCACCUUCAGAAAGGCUUUCAUAUGGGGGUUCAACAACUUUGUGUUCAUUUUUUGGCUUUUCACAGAAAACUCUGUGCCCCUCCCUCAUCAACUAAACUCCCACGUGUGGCCCUUCUGUCUCGGCAUGAUGUCUUAUACUGGUUUACCAACACCUUAGGCACAGGAUAUACAUCUACACAUACACACACACUGUUAUAAGUGUGCUUACAGAUGCAGUACUAACACGUCUUGAGUCUUCUGAUGAGCUUGUAUGCAUUUGUACAGACUGCACUACUGUCAUGCCACCACUGGAGGUGCCCUCUGCUUCGACUGGAUGGCAGCUGGCUUAUAGAUUCCUCCACCAGGUUGUGCAGUGGUCAGCUAAUUUCAUAGAGUUCUUGAGAUGUUAACUGUCGAUAUCUCAUGCUCAGACCUCAUGAUUCUCUUUGACAUUGAGCCUGUGUGCGGAGCGGGAGGACAUUUUUGAUACCAAAUCAGGUGCUAUAUUUAAAUAAAGCUACUCAAAAUGAUUUGGGACCUUUCAAGAAUAUGCCCCCCUCCCUUCUCUGUAGGACACAGACCGUUUGAAAGCUCUCGGUCAGCAAUUAAGUGCUUGUUCGGGGGUGCCACUUACAGUACAGACGUUGUGUGUGGUUUGUUCUUGCUAUGGUCUAGGCUUAUCUGAGGGCUCUGCGAGUCCCUCUUUGUCCUAGGAACGUCACAUAGAGAGACAGAAUCCAGGCACCCCUACACCUCCGAUAUGCACUGAUUGGUGUUUUACAGGUGUUGGGAGGGAGCCAGUAUUACAGUACUCCCAGGCCCAGCACACACACAAUACUAAAACACACACCUCAAAACUCGAAUGCCUCAUUUUUACUGUAUGCACUGCAGUGCUGUAGUUCUGGACUCCCAUGCAGGGCUUUGAGAGUUCAGUCCAGCCCAUCUGUGCUCUGCUCAGAUGCUACUGUCGCCCGGUCUGUGUGAGCACACGCGCACACUCCUGACGGGCCAUGGUGGACUGGCUGUCGUCAAUGUUUUUUCUUUGUGUUGUUUUUUGUUUUACCUCAAAUGUGGGCACACCUCUGGCUGGCUGUGGCUCCAAGACUGCCUCUGUGCUGACAGGUUCUACCUCACCUCUGGACACGGGGCAGCUACCCUCAGCCACAUACACAUUUACAUUUACACACACCUACACACACUGACAGCCAGGAAAGAAACACUCACUUUCUUCUCAGUUAUGUUGAAAUACCACUGCAGACAGGAGGGCCUGCCAUUCCUCAUCGUAGCCUGUCAGAUUUCUGCAAGGUCUUCUUCACUCUGGGCUGAAAGAGAAAAAACUGUUUCGGAUGAGCUUUUUUUGUUUCUUGUUUUUCUUUUCAUGUGGGACCAAGUGUCACUUCGAUUUCCGUCAAAACGGAAGCUAGUUAACGUACAUGCCGCUGACUAGGAAGAGGAGCCGUGGAGAGAACUACAGAUGAAGGACCCGAGGUGGCCAGACCUAAACCAAAAUGGGUCUAUUGCUGUUUCAUUUCCGAUACCGAGCAGUAAUUUGCAACGCGGAACAAGGUGUCGACUGGUUUCUUCAAGGUGAGGCAGGGGAUGCGGGGGAAGCUAGCAGCUGAAUGAGAGCACUUAGCUUUGAAAGAGCCAAAUCUUCAGAGACGAUUCAACCCCUGACACCUUUUAAGGAGUUUUUGCACUAAGGCAUGAUGGCCCCCCCUUCCCUGUUCCUCCAGCUCAGACGCAUGUUUUCUGAGGACACACCCCCAACCUCUCUGUCAAACAGAGGCCACACCUCCAUAUGCUCCUGAACACACCCUCACAGUCAGUAUUAAGUCAAGCAAUGUCCCGGUCAUGUUCUUUCUCAUUAACCAACGACAUAAUAGUCAGAAAAGUUCAUGAACAGAUCGGCGUGUCCCCCACCCCUUCAAAGCCAGAGGUGGCUUAAGAUGAACACCCAAAAGAAACGGGCCUUUUCUUUGUGAGACAAAGGAGCGGCCAAAGCCAUGCAAAGAAUGGCAGCACCGAAUGAAUGUGAACGAGGAGCGGCAGAGUGAACGAGAGCCAAACCGAGGAGUUGCUCUAUAAUGAGGUUGCGAAGGAAGGCAGCCAAUCAGAAUGAGAGGAACUGUCAGCAUUCCCGUAUGGAUUACGAGUGACGCCUCAGUGGUUGCGAUUGGCGGAUCGAGUGAAUGCGGGGGUUUCGAUGCUGCUUCAUCUUCUAAUUUUAUUUUAAAGAGAUAGAAAACAAACAAACAAACAAAAAUAUAUGGUAAAAGAAUCACAAACCCAUUAAACAAAUAAAAAAUGACUCCAGAACAAAGAAUUCAAAUCUCGGAGCUUGAGCUGUUCGUUUCUUUCUUUUUCGUUUUUCUUUUUUAUUAUUUGAACUGAAAUGUGUGUUUGUUUUCAAUGCUUAACUGCUCUAUGUAAGAGAGAAAAACAACAGCCGUAGUCACUUUUUUGACCAAGCGUGCAGUGUAAACUAGAGAAUUUCACCUCUUUUUCACCUCACUAUAGAUUGUAAUGAUAAGUUGACUCCUCUGUUUGUCUGUGUAUCUGUCCUUCGUCUUUUUAUCAAGAGGAAUUUACAACAAGAAACAGGAAUAUUUUCUUUUUUAUAUUUUGUUUUCUUUUUUUAUGAAAGAAGACUUAAAAAAUUUGAGAAAUAAUGCAACAUAAACUGAAAAAAAAAGAACUGAAACACAAUCUACUCAUACCUCACACAACACAAAGCUUAAAUGAACUUGGGAGGAGUGUUGAUCUGCGUUGACACUUGUGUCAAAGUGUGUCCAGUGCAUGUGUUGAACUGUACGAUGGGGUGUAUGUGCGCGUAAGCGUUCAUGUGAUCGCAGAAGCACACGGCCCCCUCCUUUAGCUUCCAAAGCCCAUCUGUUUCAGAUUUGCACCAGUUGCAUGCAUUAGUCUGUGAACGGCGUCGCCUGCGCUGACGCGACAGGCCAUAAUGGGAGUGGACGGGAUGUGGUGUGGCUUGAAGGCUGAAAAGGGAGUCGUGUGCAUCUGUGACAGCAGAGAGUGCUUCAUGGUGUUGAAUGUAGCUGACAGGACUGGGCUGGAUCCAAGCCCAGGAACUAGAACCUCACUUCAGGUCACCAGCAAGAGUGGACAGUGCUGUCAAAAAGAUGUUACACAAACAGCUUACUAAGCGUAUAUAUUGCCCGCCUUCAAGGUGCAAUACUUGUUUUGUUUCGUUUUUUUUUUUCUUUUUUGUACUUUUACAGAUUUUUUGGCCAUAACCAAGGAUGUAAAUACAAAAAGAUAUUGAAA